ACUGAGUACAGCAGUUUUCCCAGUGAAGACGUAACACAAAGGCUUUGAUGCAUCAUAUUUGGCAAUUGUAAUGUUUGAUUUAAAAUCAUAGUUUGUCCACGGCGACCAUUUAUGAACAGCGUGGUUAUCAUUUGUAAGAGGAGGCGCAAUGAAUGAGUAUGAAGAAAACAGACCACUGUUGGUCAAUGAUGAGCGAACAGAAGAGGAUAGAUCCGAGCAAGACGCAUACCUGGAUAAAGUUAAGAAUGGAAAGCUGUUCAUCGCCACCUUCGCAGCAGUUCUGGGACCGCUUAGUUUUGGGUUCGUGCUGGGCUACAGCUCUCCUGCUAUCCCUGAACUCCGCAGAAUCCAAGACCUGAGACUGCAGCUCAGCGUAGAGGAAGCUUCCUGGUUCGGGUCUGUGGUGACCAUUGGUGCGGCUCUUGGGGGUCUUCUGGGAGGAUGGAUUGUGGAGAGGAUCGGACGAAAGUUGAGCCUUAUGUUCUGUGCAAUACCAUUCAUCUUUGGGUUUACCACCAUUAUCGCUGCUCAGAACCACUGGAUGUUCUAUGUGGGCAGAGUGCUCACUGGUUUGGCCAGUGGAGUGACCUCUCUAGUUGUACCACUUUACAUCUCUGAAAUGGCUCAUGAGCGUGUUAGAGGAACUUUGGGAUCCUGUGUGCAACUAAUGGUUGUGAUAGGCAUUAUGGGUGCUUAUGUAACAGGUUUGUUCCUGGACUGGCGAUGGUUAGCAGUGGCAUCAUCUAUUCCUCCCACACUCAUGCUGCUGUCCAUGUGCUUCAUGCCGGAGACGCCACGAUUUCUGCUCUGCCAAGGGAAACGGCGGGAAGCAGAGGACGCCCUGCGCUUCCUUAGGGGUCCUGAUGCCCCCGCCGAGUGGGAAUGCGCUAGAAUAGAAGAUGCCUACAAAAAUGAAGAGCAAAGCUUCAGUCUGGGGGAUCUGAAGGACCCUGGUGUCUAUAAACCUUUGGGCAUUGGUGUUAUGAUGAUGCUCCUCCAGCAGUUUACCGGCAUCAACGCCAUCAUGUUUUACGCAGAGACCAUCUUCGAGCAGGCCCAUUUCAAAAGCAGUGAUGUGGCCACUGUUAUUGUCGCAGCCACACAGGUGGUCUUCACUGCAAUUGCUGCUCUUAUAAUGGACAAGGCCGGGCGGAAAGUUCUUCUCAUUUUGUCUGGUGUCGUCAUGUGUAUUAGCGAAGCAGUGUUUGGAGUGUACUUUAAGCUGACUGUGAUGAAGCCCAAUAACUCCUCAUUGACCAGUGUGCUAACGGACACCCAUGGUCUUCUGGAAGAUCAGCCCUCUGCAGACCUGGCCUGGUUGGCUGUGGGAAGCAUGGGCUUUUUCAUUGCAGGAUUUGCUAUUGGUUGGGGUCCUACUCCGUGGCUGGUGAUGUCCGAGAUCUUCCCCACGCGGGUGAGGGGAUUAGGCAGUGCUCUGUGUGUGCUUACUAACUGGACCUGUGCCUUCAUUGUCACCAAAACCUUCCAGAACCUCAUGGAUGCUCUGAGCAGCGCAGGAACAUUUUGGAUGUUCUCGGCACUGUGUGCUUCUAAUGUCGUCUUCACGGCUUUCUUUGUCCCCGAGACCAAAGGCAAAACUCUGGAGGAGAUUCAAGCUGGUUUUAAAGGGACUCGCAUGCGCUAGAUGACUCUUUUCCCUCAGCGCCAUAACCAAAAUAUUGAACAAAACAUCUUCGACAUCUUGAAGAAUCUUGUAAUGUUUUAGAAUAUUGCAAUUGUUUACAGAGAAAAUAUCUAUAUUUUGUCUACUUUUUCUGUCAUCUUAAUGUGAUUUAUCUUUAAAUUAAGAGUUUUUAACAUUACUUUUAAACACAUUGUUACUUUUGGUACACAAACGUCAUAAAUUAGUGCCUCAUUUUAACUUGUUUGCAGGUCAUAUGAAUAUAAAUACACAAA